CUCGGUCUGUGCAUCAAUUGUCUUGGAAAUGGUCAUAGAGUGGCGCAAUGUUCAUCGACUCAUCGUUGCCGAUCCUGUAAUCGGAAUCAUCAUUCAUCUUUGCAUCACUCUCAGCCGCAACAGCCACCCCAAUCAGCAGCAGGACAAUCUUCAACUACUGAACCGGUACUCCAACCAGCGCAACCCUCCUGGCAAACGGCUCAUCAAGCUGCUUCACAUUCUCAUAUGGAGAUCGCAGCAGAUGAUCAAAUUUUGUUGGCAACAGCUAUGGUUUUGGUAAAGGAUGCCACAGCUUCGCCUUCGUCGUGAAAAACACCACAUUGGAAUUCGCAGUAUAGGAGACUCCCUUACUAGUUUGAAGGCUCGUACGACUCCCUCUAUUAAGUCACGUACUUCCGGCUAUCAGCUCACUCUCCAGUUUGGAAUCACAUCCCAUAUUGCCUACCAGCCAGAUAGUGAGAUCGACAUAUCGAAUUGGAACCUACCAGCUAACACUCCAUUGGCUGACGAAUCGUUCUAUAGGACUAAACGUAUUGAUUUGUUACUGGGGACCGAAGCCUUCUAUGGAGCUCUAGCUGUUGGCCAGAUUCGCAUUGGUCCAAAUCUUCCCACUUUGCAGAAGACUCUUUUUGGUUGGGUUGUUGCUGGGAGGUACCAGCGGCAAUAUAACAGACAGCCACCAUUGUGCUUGGCGACUGUAGAAGAGUCGAUCGACAAGAAUUUGCAGCAAUUAUGGAAAGUGGACUCAUUUGUCGAUCCAAGCGCUAGAAUGCUCCCAAAUCAUCGUCGCUGUGAGGACCAUUUCAGGGACACAACACAUCAGGAUGCCAGUGGGCGGAUUGUCGUUCGCUUGCCAUUUCAAGAAGAUCCAAGUUGUCUUGGAAGUUCCUUCGAUACAGCUCGAACUCGAUUUUUUGCCAUUGAGAGACGUCUCGCUCGUCUACCGGAAAUUCGCUCGCAGUAUAUCUCGUUCAUGCAGGAAUAUGAAAGUCUCGGCCAUAUGUCCCUCGUACUGAAUCCUAACUUGGAAGAACCGCAUUAUUAUAUACCCCACCAUUUCGUUCUGAAACCAAGCAGUACCUCGACGAAGCUCAGAGUUGUCUUUGACGCCUCUUGCCGUACAACAUCUCAAAAGUCACUUAACGAUCUACUUUUAGUCGGCCCUACCAUUCAGGAUGAGUUGUACUUGCAAUUGCUGCGGUUCCGCAUGCAUAGGUUCGGCAUCACAGCCGACGUCACAAAAAUGUACAGGCAGGUACUUGUGAGUGAGAAGGAUAGAAAAUUCCAGUACAUUUUGUGGCGAGCAUCUCCAAAUACGGAUCUUCAAACCUACCAACUCAAUACAGUGACAUAUGGGACUGCGUCUGCCCCAUUUCUCGCAACUCGUUGUUUGCAUUACUUGGCUGAGGAUUGUAAGGAUGCAUGGCCAUUAGGGGCUGCUGCUGUUAAAACUGCAUUUUAUGUUGAUGACCUUUUGUGUGGGGCUGAUGAUAUAGAUACACUCUUCAAACUAAAAACUGAAAUCACAUCAACUCUCGCUCGUGCUCAGUUUCCAUUAUGCAAGUGGCAUUCAAAUCAUCCAGGCGUGAUGGAAGACGAAUCUACCAAGGAUUAAACAUUUUAGAAAACUCAGUCAGCAGCACACUCGGCUUAACUUGGCAUCAACGAAGAGAUGCAUUUAGUUUGACAUUUAAUCUAAAGGAAGUCUAUCCCAAUACCACAAAACGAACAAUUUUGUCUACUGCGUCGUCGCUAUUCGAUCCAAUCGGUCUGCUAUCACCGUUAGUCAUUGUCUCUAAGAUCAUUCUUCAGGAGUUGUGGCUUUUGAAACUCGACUGGGACGAGUCUGUCCCCCAGAAUUUACGCCACGCAUGGAGCAAGUGUUUGGAAUCGCUGAAUUCACUGUCGUCACUAGCGGUACCUCGUUUUUGUUUGCAGCCUGAUACUAGGAGCAUUCAAAUACAUGGAUUUGCGACGCAUCGAUUCAUGCAUACGGCUGCUGUGUUUAUGUGCGCACGGAGAAUUCGCUUGGACAGGUCACAGUGAAAUUGUUCACUUCUAAGUCUAGAGUAGCACCAGUGAAGAAACAGUCUCUUCCGAAGCUUGAACUAUGCGGCGCACAUCUACUUUCUCAGUUGUAUAACAAAGUCAAGGCCAUAUUCAGUAAACACACUAUCACAUCUUAUUUUUGGAGCGACUCACAGAUCGUAUUGCAUUGGUUGCAACAACACUCAGUCACCUUAUCAACCUUUGUUGGAAAUCGAGUUUCCGAUAUUCAGGAUUUAACGUCUGAUGGAAAAUGGCGCUAUGUGCCAACACAUCAAAACCCUGCUGAUAUUCUGUCGCGAGGCUGUAACGUGAGCGAGUUGAUUAAGUCUCCAUGGUUUUCGGGUCCUACGUUUCUAGUCGAAGAUUCACUAAACUGGCCCGCAGCUGGUGGAAAACUUGAUAUUGACAUGGACGUGGUUAACUCGGAGAAUCGGAAAAGUUUGUUUGCUGCCGUACACGAGACAAAUAAUAUCCUCAACAUCGUCGAUAAUAUCAGCUCGUACACUCACAGUCUGCGGCUCAUUGCUUGGAUGAUUAGGUUCAUAAGGAGAUGUCGGAAGCAAUCGACGUUUACCACAACCUCACCGACGGCAGAUGAACUUCGUUUUGCUUCACUUUGCCUUAUUUGGAACAUUCAACAAACUCAUUUUGUACAGGACAUACGUUUACUUCAGAAGCAAAAACCAUUAAAAAGCAGCUUAAAGUUUUUUACUCCCUUUUUAGAAGUCGUGAACGGAUUCGAACUUAUCAGGGUUGGUGGACGUUUGGAAUACUCAGACCUACAAGACGGUCAAAAACAUCCGUUGCUGCUGCCUAGUCAGUCCAAAUUUGUAUGGAACUAUAUUCGCCAUUUGCAUCUUCGGAACUAUCACGCUGGACCUAAAGCCCUAGUCGCUCUCAUUCGUUUGGAGUAUUGGAUCGUUAACGCCAGAGACUUGGCACGUAUAAUUGUUCGCUCCUGUGUACACUGCGUUCGCUACAGACCGAAGCUGCUACAACAACUCAUGGGCUCAUUACCGCCUACGCGACUCGCUCCGGCUAGACCCUUUGAACGCUGUGGAGUUGACUUUUGUGGACCCAUCAACACAUAUCUACGCAUUCGAGGAAAGGGACCUACAAAAGCAUACAUAGCCGUGUUCGUUUGCCUUCUCACCAAGGCCGUU